AUGAUUCUGGAGAUUGAGAAUAAAGAUGAACCAUGGUAUGAUGCCUGCAACCAAUGUCGAAGUAGAUUUUUCAAUGAUGGAGAAGGAGCAGAAUGUAAGAAGUGCAAGAAAAGCAAUGUCGAACACACUCUGAGGUGCUUUGUCGAGUCCAACACCAUGCAUGACGAAGGAACUGUGGAGUUGUGGAACUUGUCCAACAAUUUCAUUGUUCUGGACAAUGAAAUUGGUAAGAACAUGCCACUUGGUUCUGUUCAAGAGCUAAAACAGCUCAAGAAUGCUAUCGUCAUUUCUACCUUCACUAGAGUUGGCACAAGAACAACUUUCAACAAUUAG